AGCUUUCAAAGGGGCAUAAAUCCAGCAUUGUCCUAUCUGUGUUGUUUCUCGGCUGCAGACACAAUCCCUGUUCACCUCCCUCGUUGGGACUAGCUCCAGCCAUGGGGAGGGCUCUGGGCUCUGCAGGUUUAGAAAGAGGUAGGGGUUUAAGUCCAGAGCCGUGUGUGAGUCAGCAAGGCCCUCAGAGCGCACAGAUCCUGGGAACGCCUAGUGAGGGUGUAGUAAUAAUUCAGCUCACCUCCCCAGACAUCUUCUUCUGUGCAAGGGGGCUCAGUGACCAUGUUCCCGUCCUCUUGGAUUCCACGUUUCUGCAGCAGAGCACAGGAUUUCCCAUUGCCAAACCUGAGCUGAUUGCCCGCCUGGAGCAAGGGGAAGAGCCUUGGGUGCCGGAUCUCCAGGCCUGCAAGGAAAGACAGCUUCUGAGAUGCACCCGCACAGCAGGUGCUGAACGAGGGAGUGAGAACGAGGAGGGGAAUCAACAUCAGGAAGUUCCUGGAGAAGUGCAACCACAGGCGACCUUUGUGGGAAGAGGUGAAGGGAAUUUUUCCCAGUGCUGGGAAGAGGGAGAAGCCUGGGGAAAUUGGCACAUGUCAGAGAGUCUUCUGGGAAACCACCCAAGGAAGAAAGUGGGUGAAUCUAUUAAUGGUGGGGGAGGAGACGAAGAUCCCAGAAUGCAGCAAACAAAUUCCAAGGAAGAGACACCCUGUCACCGCCUGCAGUGUGGGAAAGGAUUCAUUGUGAGAUCACAGCUUGUGACAGAUCAGACAAUCCAUACCGGAAAGAAACCCCUUCAAUGCUUGGACCGUGGGGAAACCUUCAAUAAGCUCUCAGAUCUUAAUAACCAUGGGAGAAGCCACACUGGAGAGAAGCCCAUUCAGUGCCUUGAGUGUGGGAAAUGUUUCAGGUCAAAAUCAGCACUAAAUUCACAUGAGAAAAGCCACACAGAAGAGAGACCUCAUAAGUGCUUGGACUGUGGGAAAAGUUUCAAGCGGAAGUCAGACCUUGUUAAACAUCAGGCAGUCCACACAGGAGAGAGACCCCACAAGUGCUUGGACUGUGGGAAAAGUUUCAAGCGGAGAGCAUCCCUUCUUAUUCAUCAGGCCAUCCACACAGGAGAGAGAUCCCAUAAGUGCUUGGACUGUGGAAAAAGUUUCACUUGGAGAUCAUCCCUUGUUAAUCAUCAGGCAGUCCACUCAGGAGAGAGACCCCAUAAGUGCUUGGACUGUGGGAAACGUUUCACACGGAGAACAGGCCUUGUUAAACAUCAGGCAGUCCACUCAGGAGAGAGACCUCAUAAGUGCUUGGACUGUGGGAAAAGUUUCACAUGGAAGUCAAACCUUGUUAUUCAUCAAGGAAUCCACACAGGAGAGAGACCCUAUAUGUGCUUGGACUGUGGGAAAAGUUUCAUACAGAGGUCAAUCCUUGGUAAACAUCAGGCAAUCCAUAAAGGAGAGAGACCUCAUAAGUGCUUGGAGUGUGGGAAAAGUUUCAUACGGAGGUCAGACCUCAUUAAACAUGGAAGAAUCCACACAAGAUGUAAAAUUCUAUGACCCAUGGCAAGAAAAUGUUAAGCAACUUGCAUGUAAUUGACUCAGAUUCAACCUUUAGAGAAAGCAGCGAAGAAUCCUGUGGCACCUUAUAGACUAACAGACAUUUGUUAGUUUAUAAGGUGCCACAGGAUUUUUUUGCUGCUUUUACAGAUCCAGCCUAACACGGCUACCCCUAUGAACCUUUAGAGAGAGAUUUUAAAAGUGUGUCCACCUUAGAUAAGCUAGAGAUUGAAAUGUAAACAUGUAUUGUUGAAGACUUGGAAGAAGAGGGGUAACUGUAGUGGUCUAUGUUUAGCUAUAUCUUGUUAGAGGUUAACAAUUUAUCCCAAGGGUUCCUGUGUUCUGUUCACUCAGAGAUCAAUAAUUCAGUGAUUAUACCUGUCGCCCCUGCCACCUGUCCAAUUCUAGCUCAGUCUCAUUGAAUUUGCUGGGGGUAGGGGCUGAAAGAUGGAGGGAAUGUUUAUAGCUGAAAUCACCAAAAUGUGUUUUGGAAGGUUAAUGUCAAUGGGAUCUGUUCCGCUCUCCUGCUCGGACAUUUUCCAGAAAGGAGCAGGUGUUACCAUCUUGGCUACCAAUCCCCACGGUGACUCUCUACACUAGCAAUUCUCAAACUGUGGGGCAGAGCCUCCCAAUGGAGGCUCAGGAAUGUGUCAAGGGAGGUGUGACCUCUGUGGGUUGUUGUUUUUUUUAAAAGAGCACUGGCUGUCGGCCCUGGGUGGUUGGGGCUCAUGAAGAAGGAACAGGCCUAUCUGGGAGGUGGGGAUAAAUGCUCAGGCUCUCAAGCCCAGGUGGAGCAGCAGCACAGAAGUAAGGGUGGCAGUGGGGUGAUAAGUCUUUUCACGUGGCCACCCUAACUUCUGUGCUGCUAUUGGAGUCUUUCAGAGCUGGGUACAUCGCCAGCAACUACUCUGCCAUUAGAGCUGGGUGGCCAUAUAUGUGCUUGUGAGGGUGGGGGCGUAAAUGAUCACAGACACAUGGAAGGGGGUGUGUGAUGAAACACAUGUGAGAGCCACUGGUCUACACUAUUAUGGCCACCACGUUUAGAAAAUGAUAAACGUACAAAGUAUGUCUUGUGAGAGGUCAUAGAAAAAGUCGUCAUGUGCUGAAUAUUAUUGUCUGGUUAAAAUGUCUCUCAAGAUUCCUGCGCUCCCCUGCUCCGUCCGGGAGCAUUGCAGAGCUGAAUCCGAGGCCCCCCCCCCCCCCCCCCGCCCUGGCAGGGAGCGCCAUGGAACUGAAGCUGGCAUUUCCCCACAUCCCCGAAGCCGGGAGCAGUGGGGAGGCUGAAAAUGGAAUCCCCAACGCCCCCUGAAGCUGUGAGUUGUACUGGGAGCCUCCCUGCAACUACACAGCCCCUAGCUUCCUCAUGCCUGCACCCUGAGCUUCCCCCCUGCCCGCAUACAGUCCUUAGCUACCCCCCUGCCCGCACCCGAAGCAGUUUUCAAACUUUUUGAACUGAGUCUUCCCCUUUGAGUUAUAUUUUUGGUUGCAUCCCCCCACUACCCAGACAGGUGGGGGGCUUCCUGAGUGAGUCAGGGGGUGAGUCAACGCCCUCUCUGGACCCUGUUGUGUGGAACUGGCUUGAGCCCAGCCAGCCCUUGUCCCCCCAAAUAGAAGUAAAACUAUGCCUACGCCCAAGGGUGUCCCCCUCUCCCAGAGCCUCACACUCCGCUGCCCUCUCCCCCCCCCUCGCUUGGGCCCUAGCAUUUUUAUAGGAUGCAGAAGGGGGCCUCAGCAAGAGAAAGGUUGAGAACCCCUGCCCUGAAGGACGGCUGGACGCUCACUUACGCCAUAGACUGACUGUCGCCUGCUCCUCAGCUGCGGCGUGAGCCUCAAAGAGGAGAGUGGUAUAAAAACAUAAGCAAGAAUUGUCUCCAUUUUCACAUCUUCCCCCAUCUUUAAAGAUGGCAACAAGGUGGCUUUAAAAGCAACACGGGCUUUGUACUGGGGAGGGUGGAUCAAGGCUGGCAGAUAAUCCAGCCUGGGUACUAAGAACUGUGAACUUCCUGCAACAUCCGGUGGGGUGGGAAAUCCUGUUUGCUUCGCAUCUUCCUUAGCUUGGUAAAAUUUAAGAUUUAAAAUGCAUGUUUUAAUUUUAUUUUUGUAACUAGUUCUAACUGUUUACAUCUUUCUCACUUGAAAACCCCCCAACUCC